AUGGACGGUUCAAAUUACAAUAGCAUACUCUCGAAAUGGAGUCGUAAUAGAAAGAAACCACAACCUUUAACUGAUCUGACUUCACUUUAUAGCAAAGUUGCAAAUGAAUCUAUAUACUACUUAAAGUUAGAAGAACAUAACGACCUUCAAAAAGCAUUACAAGGAUGGAAAGCUCUCAACACGGAUGUAUUAUAUCAACUCACAAUCAUUGACCACACUUACCCAAAUACCCAGAAUUAUACAAAGGAUGAACUUAGUUUGAAAAGUGGAGUUAGAGAAUUGUAUCACAAAGCUUCUUCUCAUCUGGAACGUGUUCAGAAUAAAGUAAAUGAAAUGAAUAAAGACAAAAGAUCCAGUUUUGAUGCAAGAGCUUCCACUUCUCAAGGGACACAAACACACGCCGAUAGAAGUAAUAGUAUUAAAUCCAGUCAUUCACUAUCACCAGCAUCUUCUCUAGUGAAGAAACCAUAUGUAUUAUCUGCACCAAAUUUGCAUAACCAUUCAAACAAUAUGGCUAGAACUUUAAGAAAUGGGAAAGAGAAAUAUCAUAAAAAUCCAAUACAACACACAUCAUAUAAGAUAUCGGCUCCUAUAUUACCACGAAGCUCAAGUCCUUCAAAUGGAAACGUUAAAAUAUCAAAACCAUUAGAACUACAAAAUCAACUAUAUUCCAACAUCAGUAAUAAUAGCAUAUCCAGUGCAGAUAAUGAAAAUGAGAUAAAUCAACCUAUAUUGUCAAGAACUAAUAGAAUUCAAAGUGGCUCCGAAAAAGUAUUGAUAGACUUAACAUCUGAAUCAUCCGAAGAAGAAAAUACUACUACCGACGAUAGCCAAAACGAUACCAGUUUCGAAAUUGAAAGUUAUUAUGACAGUUAUUUAAGCUUUGAAAAAAGAGAUAUAGAGAGAUUGAAGACAUUAGAACAGUUAUCUAGCACAGAAGAGUCUUUAUCAAAGCUGUCCUUAAAUUCUACACCAUUAAUUCCUUCAAAUACUUUCAAACAAGAAAAACCACUGCGAAAACCAUUAGAUAAACCAAAAUUAACAACGACGACAGGGCAGGUUAAAAAAACCAUUAAAAAAAGUAACAUGGUUAAAGAAAAAGUAAAUAAAUCAACAUCUGUUUUACCAGAUAAGCCAAAAAAAAUUACGAAUUCAAAACUUCCCGUAUCUACAUCUGUAGACUCACUGCCUAAUAAACAGUUAUCUGUAACAAAAAUUAAAGAUUUAAAUAAGCCAGUAACUUCCACACGUCAAAAGUUAGUUGGUAAAAUCAAUGUUGCAUCUGCGCGACCUUCAAUUCCUAGCGUGAAAUCUCAAAAUUCACCACUACUGUCAUCUCAAUCAAUAGCAAAAGAUAGAUCUAAUAGUGUUGAUAUCAAAACUGUUAAAUCACGAUCCAAGGCACCUAGAACAAAACGACUUAAAUCUCCUAUUAAUAAAAUGCCAAAAGGUUCCAAUACUCAAACGACCAGUGACUUAAGUAAGAAAAAUUCAUCAAAAGUUGCCUCACCACCAUCAAAUAUUGUGAAGAAGAACAUCAAAAAGAAUGUUUCAAAUGAAAGUUUACAUAUUACCGAAGAAAUUCCGGAUGAAGUGGAGCUCACUAAGGAAAAAUUAGAAGAUGAUAUAAUUGACUCGUUACAAGGCGUUGAUAAAGGUGCUGCGAAACAAAUAUUCUCUGAAAUUGUUGUCAAGGGAGACGAAGUUCAUUGGCAAGAUGUUAUAGGGCUUGAGGCCGCGAAAGCUUCGUUGAAGGAAGCAGUAGUUUAUCCAUUUUUACGCCCAGAUUUGUUCCGCGGUCUGAGAGAACCAGUGAGGGGUAUGUUAUUGUUUGGCCCGCCUGGUACUGGUAAAACAAUGAUUGCCAGAGCGGUAGCAACUGAAUCCAAUUCUACUUUUUUCUCUAUUAGUGCGUCUAGUUUAACCUCCAAAUAUCUAGGGGAAAGUGAAAAAUUAGUUAGAGCAUUGUUUGCAGUAGCUAAAAAAUUAGCUCCUUCAAUUAUAUUUAUUGAUGAAAUUGAUUCAAUCAUGGGUAGCAGAGAUGGAGAUGGUGAAAAUGAAUCAAGUCGUAGAAUAAAAAAUGAAUUCUUAGUCCAAUGGUCAUCACUUUCUAGCGCAGCUGCCAAUAGGGAUUCACAAUCCGAUGAUGAGAGAGUUCUACUGCUAGCGGCAACAAAUUUGCCAUGGAGUAUUGAUGAAGCUGCAAGAAGAAGAUUUGUUAGACGUCAAUAUAUUCCGUUACCAGAGGAUGAAACACGUAAAGCACAUUUGAAGAAACUUUUGUCUCACCAACGGUUUGAGAUGUCAGAUGAAGAUUUUGAUAAUUUAGUUUGUCUUACGGAAGGUUUCUCAGGCAGUGACAUAACAUCAUUAGCAAAGGAUGCUGCUAUGGGCCCGCUUAGAGAGUUGGGUGAGAAGUUAUUGGAUACACCAAGAGAUCGAAUUAGAGCUAUCACAAUAAAGGACUUUACUGCUAGUCUUGAAUAUAUAAAACCAUCAGUUUCACAGGAGGGGCUCCAAAGAUAUGCUGAAUGGUCUACUAAGUUUGGCUCUUCCGGUGUGUAA